AGCCCUUAUAUUUUGAUUCUACGUAACGCAGAUGUUUCUCCAUAACCACAAUUCGAUCGGCGGUGCGAUAAGAAACACUGUAUUGCAGGACUUCCAGUUCUUCCAUAAAAGCAGAACGUUUACCAGUGCCGGCAACAGUGUCCAUCGGAACCACCGUCAUCAGCAACAUCGAACAAUGUCUACGACUAAUGAAACCUACAACAAGUUUGACCUUCCGAAGCGCUAUCAGGGCAGUACCAAAAGCGUUUGGGUUGAAUACAUUCAGUUAGCGGCCCAGUACAAACCCUUGAAUCUUGGCCAAGGCUUCCCUGAUUAUCACGCGCCAAAGUAUGCCACUGAUGCCCUGGCAGCAGUUGCGAAUAGUACUGAUCCAUUGGCCAAUCAGUACACUAGAGGGUUCGGCCAUCCGCGAUUGGUACAAGCUCUGAGUAAUCUCUACUCUCAGCUUAUAGGCCGGACUAUUAACCCAAUGACGGAAGUUUUGGUUACAGUCGGGGCUUAUGAAGCUUUGUACGCGACCAUUCAAGGUCAUGUGGAUGAAGGCGAUGAAGUGAUAAUCAUCGAGCCAUUUUUCGACUGCUACGAACCAAUGGUAAAAGCUGCUGGCGGAAUUCCCAGGUUUAUCCCAUUGAAGCCGAAAAUAAGUGGAGGAGCUAUAUCUUCUGCCGAUUGGGUACUCGAAAAUAAUGAACUUGAGGCCUUAUUCAAUGAACGCACGAAGAUGAUUAUCAUCAACAGCCCACAUAACCCACUGGGGAAGGUAAUGGAUCGUAAGGAGCUGGAAGUGGUGGCCAAUCUCUGCAAGAAAUGGAACGUCCUGUGCGUUUCUGAUGAAGUGUACGAACAUAUGGUCUAUGAACCGUAUGAACAUAUCCGGAUCUGUACUUUACCUGGCAUGUGGGAACGAACAAUCACGAUCGGUUCUGCUGGUAAAACGUUUUCCCUAACCGGUUGGAAGAUUGGAUGGGCAUACGGACCUGAGUCGCUACUUAAGAACCUCCAAAUGGUGCAUCAAAAUUGUGUCUACACGUGUGCCACACCGGUGCAGGAAGCGAUAGCAGUUGGAUUCGAAAUUGAACUGAAACGACUUAACAGUCCAGAAUGUUACUUCAAUAGUAUUUCUGGCGAGCUGAUGGCCAAGCGAGACUACAUGGCCAAGUUCUUGACAGAAGUUGGAAUGAACCCAACUGUACCACAGGGUGGCUAUUUCAUGGUGGCAGAUUGGUCGUCGCUAUCCUCCAAGGUGGACCUAUCGCAGGAGACGGAUGCACGAAAGGACUAUCGCUUUACCAAGUGGAUGACCAAGACAAUCGGAUUGCAAGGAAUUCCUCCAUCGGCCUUCUACAGCGAACAAAACAAGCAUUUAGGCGAAGACUUUGUCCGUUACUGUUUCUUCAAGAAAGACGAAAAUCUACAGAAAGCCGCGGAAAUUUUGCACAAAUGGAAACGCACUACUUGAAGAAAAGGGAAUGAAUAUUGAUAUUUUUGCAUUUUGAUUUUAAAGUUGCCAUGCAUUUUCUCACGCCUUGGGAAGUAAAACUUAGUAUGGGGUUUUUUCUCCUAAAAUCCAAAAUAAAGCUAUUUGUUUAAUGUAGU